GCUUCUUCUAUCUCGAGCUCCCCAUUUGGCAAAAGCAAAAGAAACCAAAGGCGCAAAAGCAACUCCACCGGGGGCUUCUUUCCUAUCCGUCUCUCCAUCUCUUCCUUCCACUCCAAAUCCAGAUAACACGUUUAAAAGCCGCGGGCCAGAGUCCCGUCACGGCAGCGAGCUAGCUGGAGAAGAAGAAGAAGAUAAAGAGCCGUGCUGCUUGCCUUCCUUUUCCUCUCGCCCGUGCUCUCUGCGUGAAAAAACAGAGCAAGAAGAAAGAAGUAAGGGGAAGAAGAAAAAAAAAAACAGAGGAGAGAUUUCAUUUUCGUUUGGUGGGUUUCUCGCCAUUGCUGAAUCUAAGCCAGUUUGGGCUCAUUCUGGGUUCUCUUCUUCUCCCCCCGGGGAGCUCUGCUGACUCUUCCAUUUCACCAGUAGUAGUGGUGGCGAGUAGUGACAGGCACACCAUCCUCUCUGAGCAAUCAUGGCUCCCAACUCCAGAAUCCCAUGAAUGAAGGUCUUCCUUCCUUCGUUCUAAAUUCAUUAUAUAUUAUAUUAUUUUUUCUGUACUUAUCUCCUCCCUCUUUUAUAUAUUCCGGGAUAUAAAAAUCCGAAUUCUGUUCCAAAAUUCAACUACAAGUUGGAUCGGUUUCUCUGAGCGCCGUUCAGGAAAUUCUUCCUUCCUUCGCCACUCCUUUUUCACAGACGACGUUUGUAUUUUAGGUGGGUUGGGCUUAGCUUUCAAUUGAAGCACGAUAGAGAAAGAUGCAAUGGAGUUGGGUUGCAUUCAGGUUUAUGUUUGGUGUACUGUAGAAUAACGUCGCUCUCUCACAACGAAUCUCCUUCUUCUACUUCUUCUUCCAUUGUUCAGAUUCAAACGCCAUUGCCAAAUUCAAGGUUCAGAGUAAACAGGAGGAACUUAAAACAAUGGCGGCUGAGAAAGAUUUGAAAUUGAAAUGAGGGUUUUGUUUCUCCGUACCGUUGCGGUAGUGGGUCUGGUCUGAAAACUCUUGCCGGAUUAAAAUGGACGCCGCCGGCGUCGUUCUCCCCGGCGGCGGAAGUGGAAGCGCGAGCAGCAGAAUCGAGAGGAACAAUGCGGUGUUGAAGGACCCGUCGUGGUUCGGUCAGUUCAGAAACGGGUCGAACCCAUGGAUGGCGAGAUACGUUUACGCCCUCAUUUUCCUCUCCGCCAAUCUCCUCGCCUGGGCUGCUCGCGACUAUGGCGGUUCCGCUUUGACUGAGAUGGAAAGGCUGAAAGUUUGUGAUGGGAAAUCGGAUUGUUUGGGAGCUGAGGGGGUUUUGAGGGUGAGCUUGGGUUGUUUCGUCUUCUUCAUUCUCAUGUUCCUUUUGACCGUGGGGACUUCCAAGCUCCAAGAUCCGAGGGACGCGUGGCAUUCUGGGUGGUGGUCGGCGAAGAUCGCUAUCUGGGUUGGAGUCACUCUGCUAGCUUUCCUUCUUCCUUCCACCAUUGUCAGGAUCUACGGCGAGAUUGCACAUUUUGGUGCAGGGGUGUUUCUACUGAUUCAGCUGGUGAGUGUGAUCAGCUUCAUUACAUGGAUCAACGAUCGCUGCCUGUCUGAGAAAAACGCAGAAAGAUGCCAUAUCCAUGUGAUGGUGGUGGCGACAGGUUCAUAUGUGAUCAGCCUGGUGGGGAUAAUCAUGAUGUUCAUUUGGUACACACCAGACCCAUCUUGCCUGCUCAACAUAUUCUUCAUCACCUGGUCCCUAGUGCUCCUGCAACUCAUGACCAGUGUCUCUCUUCACCCUAAAGAUGCUGAAACGUGCUCGUUUUUCGCGCAGAUCAAUGCCGGGUUCCUGGCACCUGGACUGAUGGGGCUGUAUGUUGUGUUCCUCUGCUGUGAACCAGCAGGGGAGAGUUGCAACAGGAAGGCAGAGGCUUCCCAGAGAACAGAUUGGCUCACCAUCAUAAGCUUUGUCAUAGGGCUGCUGGCGAUCGUCAUAGCGACAUUUUCCACUGGAAUCGACUCACAGUGCUUCCAGAAGAGCGAGACGCAAGGUGGCGGUGGGGAAAAGGAAGAAGAUGAAGUGCCAUACGGGUAUGGAUUCUUCCACUUUGUGUUCGCGACGGGAGCAAUGUACUUCGCCAUGUUGUUGAUCGGCUGGAACACCCACCACGCCAUUAAGAAGUGGACGAUUGAUGUGGGGUGGACUAGCGCAUGGGUGAGAAUAGUGAAUGAGUGGCUGGCCGUUUGUGUAUACAGUAAGUAAAAAACUCUCUAUUCGUCGUUAGCGGCGGCGAUUCGUGUUCGGAUUUGGUUAACCAAAUUUAAACUCGAAUUAACUAGCUGCUCAAAAUCGAUAAGACCUUAACGGUUUUGGUUUUUGUGGUUUUGGCCGUAUGGAUGAUGGUGGCACCGAUAAUACUGAAGAGCAGAAGGGCAGCAGGGGGAUCACCGCCGGUUUAGGAAAGGGACAAAGAUAGAGGAAAGAAUGGGCUUUUUGUUCGUUUUAGUAUGGCUUGGGCUUUCAUCCUUCUUCCCCCGGUGGUGGUGCUAUUGGGCCAAGGAGCAUAAUGGGCCAAACAGAGAAGUGACAUCACUAUAAUGUUUAGGUUUAUACGAUGGAUGUUCAACAAGUUGGACAAAAGGGGGCGAAAAUGAGAUUUGACAUUCAUUUGUUGCGGGAUGGAAAAUGUGGUGGUGGGGGGAAUUGGAUUCCUGUAAAUAAUAAGCAAAUGAAUAGAGUCGUCUCAUUUUGGAGAAGUGUGUAUUCGUGGAUGGAGAUGGAUUCUGAAAUCAUUGGUUUGGAAUACAACAAAGUUAGCUUCUUUUUUUUCUCAGUUGAGUUGUUGGUCCAUGGUCAACAAUUGAAGGCAUGUCUCAAAGUCUCAGUCGAUGUCAUUUGGGGCAUUUGGAAGCAUUUUCCAUGGUUGAAAAUCCUUGGAAGAAAAGGAAUGUGGAUUCCCUAUAUGGUCCUCUGUUUGCUAGGUCAAGAGAAGAACACUAAUUCUUUUUUUUUUUUUAAAUCACUUACAUUGUUGAAUUCGAGAA